ACGCGCGGUGCCUCCUGGGAAGCGCAGAUUUGAAAAAAGUGCGGCGGCUACUGCUGCCGCCAUCUUCCUCCAGAGAUACCGCGCACGCGCAGGCCCCGGGGGCAGAGGAAGAAAGGGCGGGCCUAGGCGGGGCUUGGAGCCUUGGACCUAUGAGGGCGGCUUGUCUCGGGCACCGCCCUUGGAGGCGCGAGCGGCAUCUUAGUAGUUUUUCUUUUUCUUUUUUUUUUUUUUCGGUCACUUUUUUUUUCAAAUGUUUGAAAACGGGAACAAGAAAUGCUGCAAUCCGAUUGGUGGACGGAGGCGGGGUUGGGCGGGGCACAGCCGGAUGGCCCCGCCCCGUCGGUUUUCCACUUUUUUUUUUCUUGCCAGGGCGGGGCAGGCCAGUAGGAAAUAUCGCGAGAGGAGGCCUGCGCCUUCCCGUGGGUUGUCGCUAUGGUGAUGGAGAGUUCGGGAGCCGCGGGCAGGAGAGCGGGCCCGGCUCCGGGCUGCCGCAGCUCCAGGGCCACAGAUUUUUGAGGCUCCUCGAAUGUCUGUUUCUACAGUGAAUAUAGCCAAGCAACUUUUAUAAUUCAUCUGGAAAUUCUGAGAAAAUGAGACUGAAGAUCUCACUUCUAAGAGAACCAAAACAUCAAGAAUUAGUAAGUUGUGUAGGCUGGACCACUGCUGAAGAGCUUUAUUCCUGUAGUGAUGAUCACCAAAUAGUCAAAUGGAACUUGUUAACGACUGAGACCAGCCAAAUCGUCAAGCUCCCCGAUGACAUCUACCCCAUUGAUCUUCACUGGUUUCCCAAAAGCAUCGGUGUGAAGAAGCAGACACAGGCUGAGAGCUUUGUUCUCACCAGUUCUGACGGUAAAUUUCACUUGAUCUCGAAAUUGGGAAGAGUGGAAAAAAGUGUAGAAGCUCAUUGUGGAGCUGUACUUGCAGGGAGAUGGAAUUAUGAAGGAACAGCUUUGAUUACAGUUGGUGAAGAUGGACAAGUAAAAAUUUGGUCAAAGACUGGAAUGCUAAGAUCAACUUUAGCCCAGCAAGGCAUACCAGUCUACUCAGUAGCAUGGGGCCCUGAUUCAGAAAAAGUCCUUUAUACAGCAGGGAAGCAGCUGAUUAUUAAACCUCUUCAGCCAAAUGCUAAAAUUUUACAGUGGAAAGCUCAUGAUGGAAUUAUUUUAAAAGUGGAUUGGAACUCAGUCAAUGAUCUGAUCCUGUCUGCUGGUGAAGACUGUAAAUAUAAGGUAUGGGAUAGUUACGGUCGUCUGCUCUAUAGCUCCCAGCCUCACGAGCAUCCUAUUACCUCAGUUGCCUGGGCUCCGGAUGGAGAAUUAUUUGCUGUGGGAUCAUUUCAUACUUUACGCUUGUGUGAUAAAACAGGGUGGUCAUAUGCUUUGGAGAAACCGAAUACCGGCAGCAUAUUUAAUAUUGCUUGGUCAAUCGACGGCACUCAAAUUGCUGGAGCUUGUGGGAAUGGACAAGUAGUGUUUGCCCAUGUGGUGGAGCAACGUUGGGAGUGGAAGAAUUUUGAAGUGACCUUAACUAAAAGAAGAACCAUGCAAGUUCGGAAUGUUCUUAAUGAUGCAGUGGAUUUAUUGGAAUUCCGUGAUAGGGUCAUCAAAGCGUCUUUGAACUACGGACACUUAGUUGUUUCAACAUCUCUUCAAUGUUAUGUGUUCUCUACAAGGAAUUGGAAUACACCACUUAUAUUUGACCUGAAAGAAGGAACUGUUAGCUUGAUUCUGCAGGCUGAAAGGCAUUUUCUUCUUGUAGAUGGAGGAGGCAUCUACUUAUAUUCUUAUGAAGGACGAUUCAUUUCCUCUCCAAAAUUUCCCGGGAUGAGAACGGAUAUUCUGAAUGCCCAAACAGUCUCUUUAAGUAAUGAUACCAUAGCAAUAAAAGACAAAGCUGAUGAGAAAAUCAUCUUCUUAUUUGAAGCAUCAUCAGGAAAACCACUGGGUGAUGGAAAAAUUCUUUCACAUAAGAAUGAAAUCUUGGAAAUUGCUUUGGAUCAAAAAGGACUUACCAAUGAAAGAAAAAUUGCUUUUAUUGACAAAAAUAGAGAUCUUUAUAUCACUUCCGUUAAACGAUUUGGAAAGGAAGAACAAAUUAUUAAACUUGGUACCAUGGUGCAUACUUUGGCCUGGUGUGAUACCUCCAAUAUACUUUGUGGACUUCAAGACACUCGUUUUACAGUGUGGUAUUAUCCCAACACAGUAUAUGUCGAUCGAGAUAUUUUGCCCAAAACGUUGUUUGAAAGGGAUGCAAGUGAAUUCAGUAAGAAUCCCCACAUUGUGAGUUUUGUUGGAAAUCAGGUAACUAUAAGAAGAGCAGACGGCUCUCUGGUUCACAUCAACAUAUCUCCGUAUCCUGCUAUUCUUCACGAGUAUGUUAGCAGUUCAAAAUGGGAAGAUGCUGUAAGAUUGUGUCGCUUUGUUAAGGAGCAGACAAUGUGGGCUUGCCUGGCUGCCAUGUCAGUGGCCAAUCGAGACAUGACAACUGCAGAAAUAGGCUACGCGUCCAUUGGGGAAAUUGACAAGGUCCAGUACAUCAAUUCCAUCAAAGACCUUCCGUCCAAAGAGUCCAAGAUGGCCCACAUGCUGAUGUUCAGCGGCAACAUCCAGGAGGCCGAGAUGGUGCUCCUUCAGGCCGGCCUCAUUUACCAGGCGAUCCAGAUCAACAUCAAUCUUUACAACUGGGAAAGGGCCCUUGAGUUGGCUGUAAAGCAUAAGACACAUGUCGACACAGUUCUUGCAUACCGGCAAAAGUUUUUGGAGACGUUUGGGAAACAGGAAACUAAUAAACGCUAUUUGCAGUAUGCAGAAGGGCCCUGGGUAGUCAGUGCUAGGGUGACUACCCCUACUUAAGAGAAGAGAAAAGAGGCUGGAAGUUAGGUGCCUUGCCAGAAGCAUCUUGAGAUGGGUCUGGUGACUCCUCGCUACUCCAUCUUGCUUCCCCAUGGAACUCGGAGGACUUGGACUUCAGGCGCUCCUAGUUGUGCUGGGUCACGGGCUCAGUCUCAGCUCUGGGCUCCCUUUCCAUGGCUAUGGACUCUGUUGGUCUUGGCUCCCUGGUAAUUGGGGGGAACUGGACUAAUGACCGCAGAGGCAGCUGGGAGGAACCACUGCCCAUGUGCUUUGAUGGCCCUUCCAUGCUGAGCCAGAAAGUGAGAUUACAUGUGGUAAUUAAAAAGGUUCCAGAGGCAUUGUUUUUGGGUAGUUUAAAAACUUUAUGAAUAAUGCCAGCAUUUAAUAAAUGAGAACAGUCACUUGCCUGAAGUCACACAAUAGUGACUGUCAAAGGGAGGAAUUGGAUCCCGAUCUUCCUGAUUCUUAAUUCCAAAGCCAACACUCGAGCGACUGUCAUGCUGCCUCUCUUCUUACUGUUCACCUUGUCUUUCUCUUUACCUUCAGAGAAUUUUUCUUGUCAAGUUCUAUAUUGUAUAGUUUGAGGGAAGCUGCAUAUCUUGCUAAAAUCUCAGGUUUUUUUCUUUUUCUGCAUCAGAAAAUCCUAGAGAGCAGUUCAUAAAUUGCAGGAACUUACAAAUAUCUUCAUCCCCACUGGUUUCCUGUCCUUGAACUUCUUGGAAUCUUUCAGAGAU